AUGUCUUUGUCCAUGUGGCUCUCGAUCAAGACGGCGAUGCUUCUCGUUCUCCUCGUAGAAUGGGUCCAAGCGUGGAACGCAGCCAUGGACCCUUACGUUCCUCGAAAGCAAUCUUGCCUGGCAGCUCAGGAUUUCGGUGACACGAAUCGACCCUAUGCUCCGUUGGAAGCACUACUCCCAGCUGUGGAAUUUCGUCUCUUAUUGAACAAAGCUGUCGAGAUUGCCAAUGCUACUCCAUUGGCAGAGUUCGCGAAUAACUCACAGUCAAUGGAAAAUUCUAAAAGUGAAUCUCGUUCUCAUAUUAUUAACGAGCUUCGUAAAAUUUUCGAAGAGCCAGGCAAAACGAUCGGCAAUCGCCGCCCCCUGCAGCUUGCAGUCAAAGAUAAAGACAGUACCAGAACGUCGAGCUCGACGGGGUUGCGACAGCUAAAGUUGAGCGGUGGAGCUGUCCGCACAGCCUGUAACAGUUACACUUCAAAUCUACGAUUUGGCGAAUCGUAUGUACUGACGGCCAACAAAUCUGACCGAAAAAGGAUGAUACGCGAAGAUCGAUUGCCAGGGAUUAAGCAGGUUAUUGUUGCGGAUCUAGACCUGCGGGAUUUAUAUCGCAACCUUGUACAGACAAAAAUUGAAGAUAUCCAAGCCGAAGUAUUCCAAGAGGAUCCUGACUUUUUUGAAGUACGGUCUCUCCUAACUGAGGCUAACCAAGCUUUCAAUAGAUGGUUCGAGCUUGUGCGCGUUCAAGACAUCCUCGAGGCUGAGCGCCUUCUGGCUCCACUUUUUUUGCAAACUCACGGUCAAAUACCACACUCUAGCUAG